AAUUAAUAUUAACCUUACCCUAUGAAUGGGGAUUUUCGAUUUGUUAUAUUCGUAACACUGGUUAUCAGAGUACUAAUAAAUUUGUAAAUAAAAACAAACAAACCAUAAAUACUAAUGCACUAAA